CAGAGAGUGAACUCAGCCAAUGAUUGUACCAAGGAGACAGUAAACUCAGCCAAACCUGUCGGGGAAGACAGAAACAUGACUGACAGGAAAGUAAUGGCUGCAGGAGGUCUACAGAACAUAGGUCUUGUAUCUCAGAGUCAGGAUCACGUGGCUCGGAAAGGGAGAGUUGCCAGUUGGGCUGUCCACUUUGAUCGACUGUUGGAAGACCCGUUGGGAGUCAAUAUCUUCACGAAAUUCUUGGAGAAAGAGUUCAGCGAUGAAAACAUGAGAUUCUGGCAAGUUUGUCAGCGGUUCCGCGGCUUGGCAGACCAGCGGCAGCAACAAGCUUUAGCCAAGGACAUCUUUAGUCGUCACAUAGCAGCGCGAGCCAGUGACCCGGUCAAUGUCGACAGUGCAACAAGGUCACACACAGAACAAUUGUUGGACUCCCCGACAUCCUCCAUGUUUGACCUGGCCCAGAACCAGAUCGAACGGUUAAUGAAACUGGACAGUUACCCACGAUUCCUGAAAUCGGACCUGUACAAGAAUGUAUUAACGGAAGAAAUGGAAGGAAAAAUGCAUCCUGAACCUGAACAGACACAAGAGAUAAUAAAGGACAAGAAACUGGUAAAUUUUAAACAUAUAUAUAUAUAUAUUUUUUUUUUUUUUUGA